CAUCUCCCUCAAAUUUAACUAUAGCUGCAAGUUUCGAGUUAACUCCACCUCUCAAAGCUUUUUGGCUGCAUUUUUUUGAAACAGGGCAGAGCCCAGGGAAGAAACGAAACCACCUCCUCAUCUUCAAGACUUCAACAUCUCAUCAAAUAAUUUUUCCAAAGAAAACCCAUAUUAUAACUCAUCAAAUAAUUUUUCCAAAGAAAACCCAUAUUAUAACUCAUCAAAUGAUUAGUGUUAGAAGCAAUCCAUACCCACCAGCACCCCCACAAGAAGAUGCUUGGAUUACUUCUUACCAAAAGCUACUUCCUCACUGGCACUCUCUUUCUCUUUCUAAUCAGUAUUCCACGCUACCGAUAUCAAUUUCUAGAGUUAAUCAGUUUGACGCUGCUAGAUUGGAUAUUGAGAUGUCAGCGAUGUUAAAAGAACAGUUGGUUAAAGUUUUCUCCUUGAUGAAGCCAGGAAUGUUAUUUCAAUAUGAACCAGAACUUGAUGCUUUCCUUGAGUUUCUCAUUUGGAGGUUCUCAAUUUGGGUAGAUAAACCUACUCCAGGAAAUGCUCUUAUGAAUCUGAGGUAUAGAGAUGAACGUGCCAUGGAAAUUAGAAGCAAAGUAAGAACAGGUUUGGAAGGGCCUGGAUUAACUGUUGCUCAGAAAAUGUGGUAUUGCAUUGCCACGGUUGGUGGUCAGUACAUUUGGGCUCGUUUACAAUCAUUCUCUGCUUUUCGCAGAUGGGGUGAUUCUGAGCAGAGGCCAUUGGCACGGCAAGCUUGGGGUUUGAUGCAACGUAUAGAAGGGCUU